AUGGAUUUACGGGUGGGGAGAAAGUUCCGUAUUGGAAGGAAGAUCGGUAGUGGAUCUUUCGGAGAUAUUUACCAUGGAACGAACCUGAUUAGUGGUGAGGAAGUGGCGAUCAAGCUUGAAUCAAUCCGAUCGAGACAUCCUCAGUUGGAUUAUGAAUCGCGAGUGUACAAAUACCUAAGCGGUGGAGUAGGGAUCCCCUUUAUUCGGUGGUUUGGACGUGAGGGUGAGUAUAAUGCGAUGGUUAUUGACCUGUUGGGUCCUUCUUUAGAAGAUUUGUUCAACUACUGUCAUCGCAAGUUUACUUUCAAGACUGUCAUCAUGCUGGCGCUUCAGAUGAUCUGCCGUAUACAGUAUAUUCAUGGCAGGUCUUUCAUCCAUAGGGAUAUCAAGCCAGAUAACUUUCUAAUGGGUGUAGGACGUCGUGGUAGUACUGUGCAUGUUAUUGAUUUUGGUCUUUCGAAGAAGUAUAGAGAUUUUAACACCCACAGGCAUAUUCCAUAUAGGGAAAAUAAGUCAUUGACUGGUACGGCACGUUAUGCGAGUGUCAAUACGCAUUUAGGGAUUGAGCAAAGUAGACGUGAUGAUUUAGAAUCACUGGGAUAUGUGUUGAUCUACUUUUGCAAGGGAUCGCUUCCAUGGCAAGGUCUGAAGGCUACGACGAAGAAACAGAAGUAUGAUAGGAUCCUGGAGAAGAAGUUGUGUACAAGUGUUGAGACGCUGUGUGGUGGUUUACCCCAGGAGUUUGCAGAAUUCAUGUUGUAUUGCAGAAAUUUAAAAUUCGACGAAAGGCCGGAUUAUUUGUACUUGGCAAGACUUUUCAAAGACCUAAGCAUCAAAUUAGAGUAUCAUAAUGAUCACUUAUUCGACUGGACUAUGUUGCGUUAUACCAAAGCAAUGGUUGAAAAGCAGCGUGAUUUGCUCAUGGUCGAAGGUAGCACGAACAAGGAUACCGCCAGUUCCUCGACGACGCCAGACAACAACAAUAACAACGCAAGCUCUGCGGCUUCCACAGCCAGCAAUAAGAACGAUUCAUUUAACAAGGUCAAACUACUCGCGAUGAAGAAAUUUGCUACACAUUUCCACUACUGUAAGAACGAGGACAAGCAUCAUCCAUCUCCAGAUGAGAUCAAGCAACAGUCUAUCCAAAACAGCAAUGCAGCAGCAUCACUACCGGAGGAGCUACUGAACGCUAUCGACAGGGGCAUGGAGAAUUUAAAACAACAGCAGCAGCAGCAGCAGCAACAACAACAGCAACAACAGCAACAACAACAACAAACACAGCAUUCGGACCCUUUACUGCAACAGCAACAGAAGGAGCAACAAUACGCCGGGAACUUGGGCCAACAACCCACAUCAAGAACUACACACUAUCCACCUCAAUUACAGCCGCAAUUACAGCCGCAGCAAUUACAAACUCAGCACCAGCAACAACAACAGGCUUCAAAAUCUCCCGGUGAAGACAUAUGGCUAUAG